AUGCCUAAAAAAAAGACUGGUGCAAGGAAGAAGGCAGAGAACCGCCGGGAACGUGAAAAACAGCUGCGAGCAUCGAGAAGCACUAUAGAUUUAGCUAAACACCCAUGCAAUGCUUCAAUGGAAUGUGACAAAUGCCAGAGGCGGCAGAAGAAUAGAGCAUUUUGCUAUUUUUGUAAUUCAGUACAGAAGUUACCAAUUUGUGCACAGUGUGGGAAAACGAAGUGCAUGAUGAAGUCUUCAGACUGUGUCAUAAAGCAUGCUGGUGUAUACAGUACUGGUCUUGCAAUGGUGGGUGCAAUAUGUGACUUCUGUGAAGCUUGGGUAUGUCAUGGUCGGAAAUGUCUCAGCACACAUGCCUGUGCCUGCCCUCUUACCGAUGCAGAGUGUGUGGAAUGUGAACGAGGUGUCUGGGACCAUGGAGGCAGAAUAUUCAGUUGUUCUUUUUGCCAGAACUUUCUCUGUGAAGAUGAUCAAUUUGAACAUCAAGCCAGCUGCCAGGUUUUAGAAGCAGAAACAUUUAAAUGUGUUUCGUGCAAUCGGCUCGGUCAACAUUCUUGUCUUCGUUGUAAGGCCUGUUUCUGUGAUGAUCAUUCAAGGAGCAAAGUAUUUAAACAAGAAAAAGGAAAAAAUCCUCCUUGUCCUAAAUGUGGACAUGAAACUCAGGAAACUAAGGAUCUUAGCAUGUCAACACGCUCCCUGAAAUUUGGCAGACAGGCUGGAGGUGAAGAGGGAGAUGGAGCUUCUGGGUACGAUGCUUAUUGGAAGAACCUUUCAUCUGAUAAGUAUGGUGAUACCAGCUACCACGACGAUGAGGAUGAGUCUGAAGCAGAGGAUGAAGAAGAAGAAGAUGACGAAGGUGGAAAGGAUUCAGAUGUUGAAUCAUCAGAAUUGUUUACUAAUUUAAAUUUAGGAAGGACCUAUGCCAGUGGCUAUGCUCACUAUGAAGAGCAGUAG